UUGUGUUGUGUUCAAAACAUUUUAAAAAAAUGGAGAAUAACAAUGGUGCAGUGGAAGUAGCAGUGGUGGUUUUCUUGCUGAGGGGGAAAAAGGUCCUCCUUGGGCGCCACCGCUCCUCUGUUGGUCACUCCACUUUUUCUCUUCCAGGCGGCCAUCUUGAGUUUGGGGAGAGUUUUGAGGAAUGUGGUAGUAGAGAGUUGAAGGAGGAAACGGGAUUGGACAUAGCUCAAUUAGAGUUAUUAACUGUCACAAACAACCUCUUCCUAGAGGAGCCAGAACCAUCCCAUUAUGUCACAGUCUUCAUGCGUGCUGUCUUGGAAGAUCCUCAGCAAGUUCCCCAAAAUCUUGAGCCAUACAAGUGUGAUGGAUGGGAUUGGUAUGACUGGGAUAACCUUCCUAAACCGCUCUUUUGGCCAUUAGAGAAAAUGGUGCAAGAUGGCUUUGAUCCCUUCCCAAUUGGUUAGAUUAGAAUUCAUUCGGAUAUUAUUAUGUUUGCUAAUCCUACUCUCUCUCUCUCUCUCUCUCUCUCUCUCUCUCUCUCUCUCUCUCUCUCUCUCUCUCUCUAUUGAUGAGAAAGAAUAAUCACUUAUGUAAUAUUUUUAGGUGUUGGACCAAUCAGAAAGUUAAGGCUUUCAAUCUUAUCAUCAA